AUGGACGGGUUGGAAGAGGCGGAGGCCGACUGCUCCGUGGCGUUCGCCGAGGCUCAGAGAUGGGUGGAGGCAGUAACAGAGAAGAAUUUUGAAAGAAAGGAUUUCCGAGCCUCCCUAGAAAAUGGUGUUCUGUUGUGUGAUUUGGUCAAUAAGCUUAAACCAGGCAUCAUUAAGAAGGUGAAUAGGCUAUCCACACCAAUAGCAGGCUUGGAUAACAUCAGCGUUUUUUUGAAAGCUUGUGAACAGCUUGGAUUGAAAGAAGCCCAGCUUUUCCAUCCUGGGGAUCUGCAGGAUUUAUCCAAUCGAGUCACUGUCAAGCAAGAAGAGACCGAUAGGAGGGUGAAAAAUGUUUUGAUAACGUUGUACUGGCUGGGAAGAAAGGCACAAAGUAACCCCUACUAUAAUGGGCCCUAUCUGAAUUUGAAAGCAUUUGAAAAUCUUUUAGGACAAGCUCUAACUAAGGCACUUGAAGACCCCAGCUGCCUGGCCAGGAGCCGCAGGAGCAGUGUCUGCAGUGACUUCUGGUAUCCUGAGCGUGUGGAAUUCCCUGACCUUCCUGGCACUCCAAAGAGAGACAAUACUUUUGAAAGCUUGGACUCUUGGGGGUCUGGAACACUGACAAGUGGAUUCUCUGACGUCACAUUGAGAGGGGUUCGUGAAGGUUCUGAAAGUGAAGCGGAUUCUGAGCUCAUAUUCAAAAUGCAGGAUUUAAAUAAAGAUGAUAUGUCCUAUCGAAGGGUUUUGGCUAUUGAACCAAAGUCGGCUCUGCCAUUCAAUCGCUUUUUACCCAACAAAAGUCGACAGCCGUUCUAUAUGCCAGCGCCCUUGAGGAAGAAAAAACCGGACAAAAAUGAGGAUAACAGAAGGAGCUGGGCAAGCCCAGUCUACACAGAAGCAGAUGGAACAUUUUCCAGUAACCAGAGGAGAACUUGGGGCAGCAGUGUACAGCACUGGCCGGCAGAACGAGGAACUUCAGACUCCUCUUGUUAUUUGGAAGAGGAACAAGAAAAAGCAACAAAUGUUCCCAACACUGUCAAGGAUGACCUCUAUGUGCGAAAGCUAAGUCCAGUUGUACCAAACCCAGGGACUUCUAUUGAUCAGUUUCUCCCUAAAUGCUGGAUCCCAGAAGACGUGAACUGGAAAAGACUAAAAAGGGAAACUUAUAAGCCAUGGUAUAAAGAAUUUCAGGGAUUCAGUCAGUUUUUAUUGCUUCAGGCUUUCCAAACAUACUCUGAUGACAUCUUGUCUUCUGAAACAAAUGUCAGAAUUGAUCCCACUUCUGGCCCAAGGCUCAUAACACGCAGAAGGAAUCUCUCUCAGGCACCAGGCCAUGGAAGAGGGGACUUGGAGUUGUCAGCCCUGGAUCCUGACUUACAGAAUGAUGACUUCUUUGUCAGAAAGACUAGGGCUUUCCAUGCAAAUCCGUGUGUUCUCCGAGCCUUUGAGGACUUUCGAAGGUACUCUGAACAAGAUGAUCCUGUCGAGCGAGAUAUAAUUUUGCAAUGUAGAGAAGGGGAACUUGUACUCCCGGAUUUAGAAAAAGACGACAUGAUCGUCCGUCGAAUGCCAGCACAGAAGAAAGAAGUGCCUCUAUCUGGGGCCCCAGAUAGAUACCAACCAGUCCCUUUCCCUGAACCCUGGGCUCUUCCUCCAGAAAUUCAAGCCAGAUUUCUCAGUGUGCUUGAAAGGACAUGUCCCCCCAAAGAAAUAAGUACUAGCUGUAGGAUAUUAGUUCCUUCGUAUGGGAGGAAGAAAGAUGACAUGUUGGCUCGUAAGAUCCAGUCUUGGAAGCUGGGGAUGACCGUGCCUCCUGUGAGCUUCACUCCUGGUCCUUGCAGUAAGGCCGACUUAGAGAAAUGGGAGGCCAUCCGCGAGGCCAGCCGGCGCCGGUACAAGAAGCGGCUGAUGGUGGAGAGACUCUUUCAAAAGAUUUAUGGUGAGAAUGGGAGCAAGUCCAUGAGUGAUGUCACUGCGGAAGAUGUGCAGCAUAUGCGUCAGGUGCGUUAUGAAGAGAUGCAGAAAAUAAAGUCACAGUUGAAAGAGCAAGACCAGAAAUGGCAAGAUGACCUUGCAAAAUGGAAAGACCGGCGGAAAAGUUACACUUCAGAUCUACAGAAGAAAAAGGAGGAGAGAGAGGAAAUUGAAAAGCAGGCUCUUGAGAAGUCUGCAAGGAGCUCCAAGACGUUUAAGGAGAUGCUGCAGGACAGGGAAUACGAACAUGAGAGGUCUACAAGUACACUAAGAAAAAUGUAUUCUUCUGAUGAUGUGUUCAACAAUGAAGAGCUGCCCACAAGCCUGACUGUAUCAGAAACAAUCUAUCAGAGCGAGACAGUGCAAAAGGAGCUAGCCCCUACAGUAACUCUGUCAGAAUCAAGUUACCAGAGUGAGAGAGUCGAACAGAAGGGCCCAGCUUAUCCUAUGGAAAUUCCUGGAGAAGAUUCUACAACUUUCUCAAAGAGAGAGGACAGUGUGCUAGGCGAAUUCCAGCUUUCUUCUCAGAAGCCGGCAGGGGAACGUCCAGCCUCUGCGUCUCCUGAUCAUGCACUGAACACACAAAUGGAGGCUCCUCGAGUUUCAGCUUCUCUCCCCAGGAGCUACCAGAAAACUGAUACAGCCAGGUUGACAUCUGUGGUCACAGCGAGACCUUUUGGCUUCCAGUCAAGGGGAACCGCAUCGCUCCCCAGAUCUUACACGAUGGACAAUGGUUGGAAGUAUAAUGGAAAUUUCAGAAGCAUCAAGAGCAUUCAGAACAGUUCGGUCAGCACCUCUGCCCCCAAAGUUGAAACAAGCCACCUGUCUGCAAAUGCAUCCACUGAGAGACAGGCAACCACAGAAGAUGUGAUGAGGCUGCCUUCUCCUACACCCUCCCUCUCAUCCUUAUCCCAAGACCAGCCUGACUCCUCUAAAGCCACACCAUCUUCAGUGUCUGGCAUUGAUUCAAUGUCUGAGUUUGGACAAGAGAGACACCCUCUACAAGAAGAGGUUUCCAGGUCACGGGAUCAGUUUAGUGAUAUGAGAAUCAGCAUAAACCAGAUGCCUGGGAACAGUGUUGACUUUGGCUUUACAGUAAAAUGGGACUUUUCCGGGAUCUUCGUAGCAUCAGUUGAAGCAGGCAGCCCAGCAGAAUUUUCUCAGCUCCAGGUUGAUGAUGAAAUUAUUGCCAUUAACAACAACAAAUUUUCAAAUAAGGAUAAAAAAGAGUGGGAGGAAGCCAUGGCUAAGGCUCAGGAAACUGGAAACCUAGUUAUGGAUGUCAGACGCUAUGGAAAGUCUGGUGCACCUGAAACAAAGUGGAUCGAUACAACUUCUGGAAUUUACAGUUCUGAGAAGUCUUCAAGUGUGUCAGUAACAACUGAUUUCUCUGAAAGCCUUCAGAGUCCUAAUACUGAAUCCAAAGAAAUCAAUGGGAUUCAUGAUGAAAGCCACAUUUAUGAAUCAAAAGCAAGUGAACCCAUAUCUUUGAAAAACUUAAAAAGGCGGUCACAAUUUUUUGAACAAGGAAGCUCCGAUUCUGUGGCUCCUGAUCUUCCCGUGCCAACCGUUAGCACGCCCAGUCGCUGGGCUUGGGAUCAGGAGGAGGAGCGCAGGCGGCAGGAGCGCUGGCAGAAGGAGCAGGACCGGCUGCUGCAGGAGAAAUACCAGCGUGAGCAGGAGAAGCUGAGAGAAGAGUGGCAAAGGGCUCAACAGGAGGCCGAGAGGGAAAACUCCAAGUACCUAAAUGAGGAACUGAUGGUCCUGAACUCGCACAGCAUUUCUACAGUCGCCACCUGGGAGGCCUCCUGGAGUGAAGGGUCCAAGUCUUCAGACAGGGAAGGAACCCGUGCUGGUGAGGAGGAGAGGGAUCAACAGCCAGAGGACGUGGCUCUUGAGGAUCAGAGAAAGCAACUGCAGGAGCAGCUGGUGCUUGAGAGAGAGAGGAAAUUGAGGGAGCAGCAGCAGUACCAGGAGGAGCUGGAUCGGCAGCAGCGAGAGGCUGAGGCUGAGAGAUGCCGGGUGGAAGAGCAGGAGCGAAGGCAGCGAGAGGCCGAGGCAGAAGCCCAGAGGCAGCGGUACCAGGAGGAGCAGGAGCGACGACAGCGAGAGGCUGAGGCAGAUGCCCAGAGGCGCCGGGCAGAGGACCAGAAACACCUGGCAGAAAGAGAGAGGGAAACGUCCAUCAGAAUUUACCAGUAUAGGAGGCCCAUUGAUUCCUAUGAUCUGUCAAAGACAGAGGAAGAAUCUUCAGGUUUGCUUCCUAUUGACAGGAAUAAAUCUAAGUCUACUACUGAACUGCAUGAGAUUGCCCCAAAUAAAAAUGGAAGCAGCAGAUAUUUAGACCGCAUCGGGGAGACUAGUUCUUCCCAGAGGAGCUUCAAGAAGGACCAAGGCCCAUCGGGGGCUGAGUUGGAGAGACAGCAAAUCCUCCAGGAGAUGAGGAAGAAAACGUCUCUGCACAACGACAACAGCUGGAUCCGGCAGCGCAGCGCCAGUAUAAACAAAGAACCCAUUUGUCUGCCAGGCAUCAUGAGGAGAGGUGAAUCCCUGGAUAACCUCGAUUCCCAGAGAUCCAGCUCCUGGAAGCCAACCUCGCGGCUCAGUCAGUCCACAGGAAUCCAUGCAUCCUCCUCUGUUCAAGACUUCAGUCACCCACCACCCCAGCUGUUGUCCACUUCCAACCGUGCCUACCUGCGGAACCCAUCCUCCAGUGUGCCCCCUCCCGCAGCUGGCCCCGGGAAGCCCACCGCCCAGACCCCCACCCUGCACAGCCAGUCUGCUUCCGCUUCCCAGCCAGCCUCUCAGCCACGCAGCAGGUCAGUCAGUGGGAAGCGUGUGUGCUCCUGCUGUAAUAACAUUCUGGGCAAAGGAGCCGCCAUGGUCAUCGAGUCCCUGGGGCUUUGUUAUCAUUUGCAUUGUUUUAAGUGUGUGUCCUGCCAGUGCGACCUCGGAGGUUCUGCCUCAGGAGCCGAAGUCAGAAUCCGGAACAACCAGCUCUACUGCAACGACUGCUAUCUCAGAUUCAAAUCUGGACGGCCAACUGCCAUGUGACGUAACCCUGCACACGAAAGCACUGGUGCAGAUAGAAGAGGAGGUGGUUGCUGCCGCUGUAGAUCAAUAAAUGUGUGUUGUAUGUCUUUUUUGCUCCCUUUUAAAAAAACUAGUCACUUUUUGCCUCUUUAGAUUACAUAGCAACACUGCAGCCUUGAUAAAACUUGUAUUUUUGUUGUUUAUUUAUAAGAAGGAAAUUAUGUGUGUUGGGGAAUAGUGCAGUAUUUACUUUUUGAAUUCAGGCAUCAUAAAAGCACAAGGGAAAAAUAAAAACAAAAUAUUUUUUGAGGCUGAUAAUUGUCUAAUUUGAGUUUCUAGUGGUGUUUUGAAGAGAGGGUAUUUUAUUGCUUUUUUUAAAAAAGUUCUUAAACAUUUGAAAUAGUUAAUAUAAAUACAUAAUUGCAUUUGCUGUUUAUUGAAAUGUAUGCUAAAUUAAUGCAAAGUGUAUGGAAACUUUUGCUAAAAUGCAUCUGCAAAUUUACUUUCUGUAUCUUGUUUUCCAUCUGUGUUAUACUAUUUUUAAAAAUUUUACCUCUGUAACACCUUAUUUGCUUGAUUAGGGGAGCUCUAUUUUCUGUACUAGAGUUGUUGCUAAGCAAUUCCCAAUAACAGAGGGCUUAUUUUCAUUAAUGAUGGAUAACCAGGGUUUAUACGCGGGACAUUUUCUCCAGAAACCAGUGAGCAUUUCUGUUUCAACUGCAUUUGUAAAUAAAUUUGCUGAUGUCUUUAA